UUAAAAUAAUAGCUUUAAUCUCUGUUUUUAUUAAUCAUAUCCCUCAACAUAAAAAAUUUAAUUUUGUUUCAAAAUGUUGGGAGUAAGUGUUGUCGAAAUUGAAAUUCCAGUCCCAUGGGGACAGGUGUCAGCAAAGAUAUGGGGAGAUAGCAAAGACAUGCCCGUGCUGGUCAUUCACGGGAUAAUGGAUAAUGCGGGAUCGUUCGACCAUUUGAUACCGUUACUACCAAGACAGUUUUAUUACAUCUGCAUAGACUUACCCGGACAUGGUUUAUCGUCUCAUUUUCCUGCUCAUCAUCCUAUCUACACACUAACUUAUAUAAUCGUUUAUAAACUAAUAGCGGACUACUUCGAUAGGAGACGUUACAUAAUUAUGGGACAUAGUUAUGGAGGUCAACUCGGCACCCUUUUUACUCAGUUGUAUCCACAAUAUGUGGAAAAAUUGAUUCUUCUCGAUACAAUAACUUUGCUUCCAGUUUUCACAACUCAUUUCAAAAACUACCUUGUAGAGAAAUUUGAUAAUUACCUUUUAAUGGAGGAAAAGUUGUCAAAGAACAGCAAUCCACCUUCUUAUACAUAUGACGAAGCUGUAGAUAAAAUAUUUUUAGGUAGAUAUUCCCCUAUAACAGCUGAAGCCGCUGUGGCACUAUCACAUAGAGCCCUUAAACCAACAAAUAACGGCAGGUACAUGUUUAACUUGGAUCAGAGGAUUAAACAUUUUAUUAACCCUCUCCGAGACUUUAGAUAUACUAUAGAAACGUUGAGGGAAGAUCGUAUAAAUUGCCCAGUUUUAAUCAUUUUGGGUAAACAAUCUAAAAUGCAACUGAAAUAUAUGAAAACAGUACUGAAUUACUUUAAAAAAAUGAAAAAUGUUACUGUUAAAAUGGUUGAGGGAUAUCAUGAUGUCCACAAUGAUAGUCCAGAAGUAGUGGCGCCACAUAUUUGUAGAUUUUUAUUGAAAAAAAGCGCAAAAUUGUAACACCAAAUGCCUGAAUUGCGUAAAUAAAAGUACACAAUACCAAAGAAAACUAAUAAUAUGUCUCCUAGAACUCGAACCACCCAAUAUAAAAACAUUAAAAAUUUUAAAAAUUGUUGAAAAUUUUAUUUUUAUAGCAACGAAAAACUGUUUGCACCGAGCACAGUAUUUAAAGACAAGCAGUGUCACUAAUAAAUGUACUUAUGAAUUGUACAUACAUUAAAAUAUUUGUAUUUGUGUAUGUAGGAAGAAAAAUUGAGUAUUUUUUUAUAUCUGGGUAGGUAUAAAUAUUUUGUUAAUAGAUAUUUCUUUUUUUUAUUAUUUUGUAUUAAAAAUAAGUUUAAGGAAGUAGGUACUUACAAUCAAAUAGAUCUUGAGAAAAACUGAAAUCUUGUGUUAUUAUAUUUACAAUAGAUUUUAGCCAUCAUGUUUUUUGGUAUUUAAGUGUAAACAUAGGAUAAGCAUAAUAAUAAAUAUAAAAUUAAA